AUCUGACAGACAUAACAUCUAUUUAAUUCGUAUUUCUUUCUACAUAACUCUUCCUAGAAUUAUUUGUUCAUUUGGACUGACAAUUUGGUUGGUUUGAUAAUUUUUUGGAGCAAAAAUGACGAGGAAGAGAAUCGAGAUCAAAAAGAUCGACAACACGAUGGCCAGGCAGGUGACUUUCGCUAAGAGGAGGAAGGGGCUGUUUAAGAAGGCUCUGGAGCUCUCAACUCUCUGUGACGCUGAAAUAGCUCUCAUUGUCUUUUCUUCCACCGGAAAGCUCUUUGAAUACGCCAGCUCAAGUAUGCAGCAGGUAAUUGAAAGAUAUAAUCUGCAGUCAAAGAAUCUCAACAAAAUGGACCAACCAUCUUUGGAGCUGCAGCUUGACAACAGUACCUACUCCUUGUUGUGCGAUGAAAUCGUGGGAAAGACUCAUGAACUGAGGCAAAUGAAGGGAGAAGAGCUCCAAGGAUUGAAAAUGGAAGAACUAGAGAAACUAGAGCAACUUCUCCAAGAAGGCUUGAGCCGCGUUUUAACUGCAAAGGAUGAAAGAUUUGUAGAAGAGAUCAGUGCCCUUGAGCGGAAGGGAGCCCAACUGAUGGAGGAUAACCAACGACUAAAACUGGUAUCAGGCCUAAUUGAAUUUCUUUCUUUCUUCGUUACCCUACUUUUGAUCAAUUGAUGGAAAUGUCUCUUUCAGCAGAUGGAGAAUCAGUUUAACAAUAUAACACGUGUAAUUGAACAAGGUCAGUCAUCUGAGUCCAGCAAUAUUUGCA